AUGGGGGAUCACGGGGAUGGCAACCUGCCAGCAUCCUCACCCACGAGUAUCAUCAAGCACCUUGAGACAAGGGCGGCAUAUGAGAAGCUGAGCAUUCUGGACAAAGGGUUGCUGAUCAACUACCUCCAGCACAAAAGUGGAGCGCGUGUCACAGCCGUCCUGACAGAGCCCAUAUGGAAGCUUGUUGGGCGUGUAGAGGAGAUGAGUGCCCUCAAAGAUCCUGAGUGGACGCAUGUGGGAGUGAUCACGGCAGACAUUCGCAGAGACUGGUUCUUCUUUGACACCCGCAUGUCUUUGGAGCGACUGGACAUCUUCCUUGAGUUCUACCCUGCCAGGCCGGCACCGAGGCUGGGGCGCAUCAACAUGGCAGAGCUUGAGCUUCUGAUGUACCCUGCCGGCCACAGGACAUUCCCCCGCACUGCAGUCUACAGCAAAUCAGAUGCACUGCCAUGCACUGCUGCUUACACCGAAAAGGGCCUGCAUCUAGCAUCAUCUCAGUCACUUCUGGCAGUAUCUGCUGGAGUUUGA